GGGGCGCGCGGGGACCGCGGCAGCAAAGACAAGAAGCGGCGCGGGGGCGGGGGCGAGGGCGGCUUGCUGGAUGCCGGGGACGACGUGCAGUUGGAAGGCGAGGAGCCGCGGCAGCGGGAGCAGCAACAGCCCGAGCAGCUGCCGCCGCCGCCACAGCAGCAGCAGCAGCAGCAGCAGCAGCACAGCAAGAAGCGCAAGCAGCGGGACGGCGGCGGCGCCGCGGCGCCGCUGGACACCGAGGAGGCAAAGCGGCAGGCGCGCCUGGCGUCGUUUGCGAAGCUGACCCUCAACAGGGACAGCGGCAAGAAGCAGGGGCAGCAGCAGCAGCAGCAGAACGGCGGCAGCGGCGGCGGCGGCGAGGAGCAGCCGUCCAAGAAGCGGAAGCAGGAGGCGCGGCAGAACGGCGGCGGCGGUGGCGGCAGUGGCGGUACUGACGGGGCGCAGCUAACCAAGGCCCAGAAGAAGAAUCUGAAGCGGAUGCUCAAGCGGCAGCAGAAGCGCGGGGCCACAGGCGGCGGGGAUGGGCAGUGA